UUGGUAUUGGAGCUGGGGGCUCUGACAGGUACUGAGUAAGUUCAUCAGUGGACUGCUCAUGCUUGCCCUUCUUUUCUUUCGAGCAAUUUCCUCUGCAAAAGAGACACUCCCACCAGAAGGUUUCCCCCGCGACCCUCUUCUCCAAAAAGUCCAAACAGAGCAUUCCCCCACCCGUUUGAGGGUUUGAGUCUGUAUGCGAAGACGCAGGCGCACAGCUCACUCAACUUCUACCCUACCGAAUAACCAUAACAACCCGUGACUUUUUGAGUCUUACCAAUCCCCAUCAAUCUCCCGUGAACCCAGCCCCGCCUUCCAUUUUCCUUUUCCGAGUCACCGCACCUCCCUUCUCGUUCAUGCUUACCGCGUCCACCUACUCCACUACCAUCCAAAUUGAUCUCUCUCUCCCCAGUGCGCGCUAUUUUAGUGGAUCGACUCGAUAUGGCCACUAGUCACCAAAGAAAAUCCACAGAAGUACUUGUCCAUAAAAGCAGCUCCAACACCUUCCUGUUUUCUAAGCCAUCCACACUUCUUGUAAUUUCCAUGGCCUGCAUCUUCUUUGUCUCCCUUGUCCUUUUUCUUUCCUUCUCUCCCGGUGCCGUCAAACCCAGUCCUGAUGCUCCCUCCUCCAUCUCUCCCGCGAUCCGCCAGGCCUGCAAGGCUACUCGCUUCCCUAUCCCAUGCGAGACCUCUUUGACCCAAUCCAACCACGUGCCCCCCAACCCCACCCCUCUCCAGCUCAUCCAGUCCGCUAUCUGGGUCUCCUCCCAGAACCUCCACACCGCCCAAUCCAUGGUCAAGUCCAUCCUGGACUCGUCCGCGGGGAAUGUGAAUCGCACCUCGGCCGCCAAAAACUGCCUGGAGUCCCUCACAAGCUCCGAGUACCGGAUCUCUCGGACUACCGAAGACGCACUGCCACAUGGCAGGAUCAAGGAUGCGAGAAUCUGGAUGAGCGCCUCCUUGCUCUACCAACAAGAUUGCUGGUCCGCGCUCAAGUACGCGAACGAUACCCAGAUGGUGAACUCGACGAUGUCGUUUCUGGACUCGUUGGUUGGGCUCACGAGUAACGCGCUGAGCAUGGUGUUCUCGUACAGUAUUUUCGGGAACCAGACCGGGUCGUGGGCCCCGCCCAAGACCGAGCGGGACCGAUUCUGGGAGGGAGGUGGCGGCUCUGGGUCGGAUUUCCGGGGCGGCUUCCCGUCGAAGCUAAAGGCGGAUGCGACCGUGUGUAAGGACGGGAGUGGCGGGUGCUACAAGACGGUGCAGGAGGCAGUGAACGCCGCACCUGAUAACGCCGGGGAACGGAAGUUCGUGAUACAUAUAAAGGAGGGGGUAUACGAGGAAACCGUCAGAAUCCCGUUAGAGAAGAAGAACGUGGUGUUUUUAGGAGACGGGAUGGGCAAAACGGUCAUUACGGGGUCGUUGAACGUUGGCCAGCCCGGGAUUUGGACAUACAACACAGCCACAGUUGCUGUUCUUGGCGAUGGAUUCAUGGCCAGCGGCAUCACAAUCCAAAACACGGCCGGUCCUGAUGCACACCAAGCAGUGGCCUUCAGAUCAGACAGUGAUCUAUCCGUCAUUGAGAACUGCGAAUUCUUAGGCCAUCAAGAUACACUCUAUGCUCGCUCCCUCCGCCAAUUCUAUAAAUCAUGCCGCAUCCAGGGAAAUGUGGAUUUCAUUUUUGGAAACUCAGCAUCAGUUUUUCAAGAUUGCCAGAUCUUAAUCUGCCCCCGGCAAGUAGAUCCAGCAAAGGGCGAAAAAAAUACUAUCACUGCACAUAGUAGAAACGACCCUGCACAAUCCACAGGUUUUGUUUUUCAGAAUUGCUUGAUAAAUGGCACUAACGAAUACAUGGUACUGUAUCAUAACAAUCCCAAAGUACACUUUAAUUAUUUAGGGAGGCCAUGGAAGUUGUACUCGAGGACCGUCUUUAUACACUGUAACUUAGAAGCUCUUAUUACACCAGAAGGCUGGAUGCCAUGGGAUGGCGAUUUUGCAUUGCAAACACUCUAUUAUGGGGAAUUUGGGAAUUCUGGACCAGGCUCUAAUGUGUCCAAGAGAGUAAUCUGGAGUAACCAAAUCCCAACAGAGCACAUACUCACAUAUUCCGUCAAGAAUUUUAUCCAAGGAGAUGAGUGGAUUCCAUCUUCUCAGUAAUUUGCUUCAAAUUUUGCAGAAAUAUUUGUAGUAAUAUGUCUGGAGCUCAACAAUAUUGGGAGAUUCCAAAUCAUUGACUACAUUUGAUCUCCAUCCAUAUGUGGUAUCUCUCUCUUGGCAUCUGUUGUGUAACUCAGGGAGAGGUUGAUGAGAAUUUGAUUGGUGUAAUUUCUACUUUGUCAUAUAAAAUAAUUUAUUUAUUUAUUUAUUUAAUAAAUUUCCACAAGGUCACUGUCAUUCAUUGAAUUUUGAUGUUGGAGGUUGCCACCCACUAAGUCGCACGUUGAACAAAUGUAAUAGAGAGAAAAAUGACGCAAACAAUACCGAAUAACAUGGACUUUUUCAA